CGCAAAGUAAUACCUUAUUCAACAAAUUAGAUUAUCAUGCCCCGAUGGUUGGCCGCUAACUUUGGAGCAAUGGAAGCGAGUGGAAGAAGUCCGGAACAUUUUAGAGCCCCCCAAAAUUGAAUCAGCUGCGAAGAAGCCGACCACACCAAGCAAGACGUCGUCAGCCAGGGAUAAAGCAGUACCAGCCCCUGCCCCGCCGUCUCGCAUGCAUCCUCAACCUGGCGACGCGUACACAGUGUUGGAGUGUUCGGUGGCUCAAGGAGGAGGCAUCAUAGCCGAGGAGGACCACCAGCGCGUGCUGGAGUUCGAGGCGGCUCGGCGUCUCUGGGACUCGAAGGAACCGGGCAGGAACCAGCGUGGAGCUCAGAUCAGGUUGGUGCUGAGAGUUGGAGUGUAUGGCUCAAGGAGGAGGCAUCAUGGCCGAGGAGGACCACCACCGCGUGCUGGAGUUCGAGGCGGCUCGGCGUCUCUGGGACGCGAAGGAACCGGGCAGGAACCAGCGUGGAGCUCAGAUCAGGAAAGAAUUCCGUGACGAAUUUUUGGAUGUACCGGUAAUACCAAGCAUGAAAUCGGUUGAAGAAGAAACAUUGCCUGACGAGUUCAUGGCUGAAGAGUUUCUUGACGCGAGAAAAGAAAUGCCAAUUCUUCCUUCUCUCGCAACAGAAAGUGGACUAAUCGAAAUAUCCGUGGAAAGCGAGCAAGAAGCUAAAUAUCUAAAACUACCUGAGGCACUAAAAGACAAAUUUGUGCCUCUACCAUUCAUAUCAUUUUGCCUUAAAGAGAUAGUGGAAGAUGAAAGGGUAUUGAUAACACCAGAAAUGUCAGAAGCCGCUAAAGCCGAGAGACUCUUACGUUUCGAACGCGCCCUGACUCGCAUGAAAGAACUACAGGAACACAACAAGAUACACGUUCUUGGUCAGCAUAGGAACCGGUGUCAUCUGCUGGCGAAGUUGUGUGUGGAUGCAAGUUGGACACCAGACCUGCAUCAAGUCCUAGAACUAAGAGACGAGGCUAUAGCGCAAGAAGUACUCGCCUUAUACGAAAUCGCACAAAAGAAGAAGACGGAACUUAAAAAAAAAUAGUUAUUUAGCCAGGAAAGCGGUUUUGUAGCAUAAGUAAAAUGAGUUAGUAUGUUA